GUCGCACUGCAAAAUGUCAGGUUAAAUCAGUACAUGCAAAAAUAAGUAUCUGCAAUAACUAAACUGUAGGUUAAAUUUUUCAGUUAUUGGCCAAACAUAGAGGUUAUAGCUAUUUGAUAGAUUUUCAUAACUAAUUUUGAAAUUCGUGAAUGAGUUUCCGAAUAUUUGUUAGAAAAAUGUCUAACAAUGCAACAUUAAAAUUGAUUAAUAAUGCCGAAAAGGCUGAGAAACGUUUAGCUGAAUUAAAAACUAAGCUAGAAGAAGUCAAAAAGUUUAAAGUUGAAGAAAAAAUUAGGCAAUUGACCCAAGAAAAUGAAUCCUUAUUGAACCAAGUUGAAAAGGCAAAAGCAGAGUUAAUUAAACUUGAAAUACAAAAUGGUAAAAAACAAUAUCCUUUACCUGGUAAAACAGUCACAGCAUCAGAACAUAUAGAUAAUGCAGAACCUGCUCCUAAAAAAGAGAAAAAAGAAAAAGAUGCUAAAAAGAGCAAAGAUAAGCCAGUGCAAAAAGCUACAAUCAUUGAACCGACCGUUGAUAUUAGAAAGUUGGACCUUAGAAUUGGCAAGAUUGUUGACAUAAACAAACAUCCGGAUGCAGACUCAUUAUAUGUAGAAAAGAUUGACUGUGGCGAAGACAACCCACGGACAGUAGUUUCAGGUCUUGUUAAUCAUGUUCCAAUUGAAGAAAUGAAAGAGAAGAUUGUUAUGGUUCUUUGCAAUUUGAAACCUGUUAAGAUGCGUGGAGUUACCUCCGAAGCAAUGGUCAUGUGUGCUUCGUCUCCUGACAAGGUUGAAGUUCUUAUUCCACCCAAUGGAGCUGCUCCUGGUGACCUUGUUUCAUGUGAAGGCUAUCCUCGAGAACCAGAAGCACAAUUAAACCCUAAGAAAAAAAUAUUCGAAACUUGUGCCCCUGACCUCAAAACAAAUGAAGAAGGAGUAGCUUGUUAUAAGGGAAGUCCUUUGCUUGUGCCAGGAAAGGGAUCCAUUACAGCACCUACUCUAAAGGGUGUUCAUGUUAAGUAACUGUAAUUUUUUUUUAUAUUUAUCACUCUUUACAAUAUAUAUUUUGAAAGUGAAA